AUGGCGCUCGCGGUUGUUGUUGACAAUAAAGUAUUUUCGCAAGCGGCCUGCGAGCGCUACGGCGUGCGGCGCCUGCCCUUCUCGCGCGUGUCCCGCGGCGACGUCGCCUUCUUCGAGCGCCUCCUGCCCGGCCGCGUCGUCACGAACGCGGGCGAGCUGGAGCCCUUCAACGUGGACUGGCUCCGGUCGGCCCGCGGCUCCAGUAAGCUGUUGUUGAAGCCGCAGACGGCAGCAGAAGUAUCCCAGAUCCUCAGGUACUGCUACGAGAGGAACUUGGCUGUAAACCCACAAGGGGGUAACACAGGCCUUGUUGGGGGCAGCGUGCCCGUCUUCGACGAGAUCAUCCUCUCCACGGUUCUCAUGAGCCAGGUCAUCAGCUUUGACGAGGUGUCUGGAAUCCUCGUGUGCCAAGCUGGCUGCGUCUUGGAGAACCUCAACCAGUACGUGGAGGAGAAGGGCUUUGUCAUGCCGCUCGACCUGGGAGCAAAAGGCAGCUGCCACAUUGGUGGCAAUGUGGCCACCAACGCCGGAGGCUUGCGGCUCUUGAGAUAUGGCUCUCUGCGAGGGACAGUGCUGGGGCUGGAAGUGGUGCUGGCUGAUGGCUCGGUCCUGGACUGCUUGGCCUCUCUGCGCAAGGACAACACGGGCUAUGAUUUGAAGCAGCUUUUUAUUGGAUCUGAGGGCACCUUGGGAGUUAUCACUGCUGUCUCCAUACUUUGUCCUCAGAAACCCAGGGCUGUGAAUCUGGCGUUCCUAGGGUGCCAGAGUUUCACUCAAGUUCUGAACACGUUUACAACCUGCAGAGCCAUGCUGGGAGAGGUCCUAUCUGCAUUUGAGUUUAUGGAUGAUAAGUGCAUGGAACUGGUGGAGCAACACCUUAAACUUUCCAAGCCAGUGACAGGGAGCCCUUUUUAUGUUUUAAUCGAAACCUCAGGCUCCAAUUCCACCCACGAUGAGGAAAAACUGAACAACUUCCUAGAACGAGCUAUGACUUCUGGUUUGGUCACUGAUGGAACUGUGGCAACAGAUGAAAAGAAAAUAAAGAAGCUCUGGAGCCUGCGGGAGAGGAUCACGGAGGCCCUCACUCACGACGGUUACGUUUACAAAUACGACAUCUCGCUGCCCGUGGGGAAGCUCUACGACCUCGUGACUGACACCAGGGCUCGGCUGGGCCGGUGUGCCAAAAACGUGGUGGGCUACGGCCAUCUGGGAGAUGGAAACUUGCACUUGAACAUCACAGCGGAUUCCUACAGCCAUUCCCUGCUGGAUGCCAUUGAGCCAUUUGUGUACGAAUGGACUGCACGAUGCAAUGGCAGCAUUAGUGCAGAGCACGGCUUGGGUUUCAAGAAAAAGUGCUUCAUUCAGUAUAGCAAACCCAAGGAAGCAAUCCUGCUAAUGCAGCGUUUCAAAGCCAUGCUAGACCCCAAAGGGAUUCUCAAUCCGUAUAAGACGCUGCCUUCCAGUUCCUGA